AUGUCGCUCCCGCCCUCGCGCCGCCCUUCGUUCGCCGGCACCCCACUCGCCCAGCCGCCGUCCAUGCCCUCGUCUCGCCCGGGCUCGGCCGCCCCUUCGCGCCGCGGCUCGUUCGCCCUCUCUGUCACCGAGGAGUCGCCUGAAAACUCGCGCCCCGGGUCCACCACCUUGUCGCGCCGCAGCUCGUUCGCCGCGAGCCCGCUCUUCCGUCGCUCGUCGACCGCCGGCCAGAUCCCGCCAGAGGGCCUCCGCCGCAAGCUCGAGGGCCUCAACAAGGUCCCGCCCUCACUCGGCGAGGUCGGUCAGCGCCCGAGCAGCUUCCCCGACCGCGACGCCGUCCAGAACCAGGAAACCGAGUUUGUCGGCGCCAUCGACUGCGGCACGACGAGCUGCAGGUUCUACAUCUUUGACCAGUGGGCCGACAUCGUCGCCAACUUUCAGAUCGAGUUCGAGCAGCUUCACCCUGAACCCGGCUGGCACGAGCACGACCCGUCGACCUACUGCCGCGAGAUCGACCGCUGCAUCGACGAGGGCAUCAAGCAGUUCAAGGAAAAGGGUCACCAGAUCCACGAGCUCAAGUGCGUCGGCAUCGCGACCCAGCGCGAGACGACCCUGUUGUGGGACAAGGAGACGGGCGAGGCCCUGUACAACGCUAUCGCAUGGCCCGACGCCCGCAACGCGGCCAACGUGCGCGAGCUGCGCGCCGCUGCCGAGACGCGCACGUUCCACACGCCCGAGGGCGAGAUUGUCGGCGAGGAGGGCAUCCGGCGACUGACGGGCCUGCCUUUGUCGACCUACUUCUCUGCGACCAAGUGGGACUGGAUGAAGGACAACGUGCCCGAGGUCAAGGACGCCAUGGACCGCCAGGCGCUCAUGUUCGGCACGGUCGACACCUGGCUCGUCUACCAAUACACGGGCGGCAAGGACGGCGGCAAGCACAUCACGGACGGCACCAACGCGUGUCGCACGCUCCUGUUCAACCUGCACAAGCAGGACUGGUGCGACGAGCUGUGCGACUUUUUCGACGUGCCGAAAUGGUGCCUGCCGCGCAUCGUGUCCAACUCGGAGGUGUACGGCGUGUUCAAGAAGGGCCACCUCCUCGAGGGCAUCCCGAUCGCGGGCCUGAUCGGCGACCAGCAGGCGGCACUCGUCGGCAACAAGUGCCUCACCAAGGGCGACGCCAAAAACACGUACGGUACCGGCUGCUUCAUGCUCUACAACACGGGCACCGACAUCGUCAAGUCGACCCACGGCCUCGUCACGACCGUCGGGUACAAGAUGGGCCCGCAGUCGCCGAUGCACUACGCUCUCGAGGGCUCCAUCGCCGUCGGCGGCAGCUCGGUCACCUGGCUGCGCGACAACCUCAACAUCAUCGAGCACCCUCGCGAGGCGGGCAAGCUCGCCGAGAUGGUCGAGGACACGGGCGGCGUCUACUUUGUCACGGGCUUCUCGGGCCUCUUUGCGCCGUACUGGGACAUGCGCGCGACCGGCAUGAUGAUCGGCCUGUCGACGUACACGACCAAGCACCACAUCGCCCGAGCGACGCUCGAGGCGACCUGCUUCCAGACGCGCGCCAUCCUCGACGCCAUGACCAAGGACGUCCAGCUCGCCGCCGACGGGCCGCACCACCACCACCACCCGCAUCACCAACCCGUCGUGUCGGACCGCAAGGACGGCGAGGUCGAGGAGGACGUGGCGAGCGACAGCGGGAGCGAGGACGGCGAGGCGAUCCGCGUCAUGCAGGUCGACGGCGGCAUGACGGGCAGCGACGUGACGAUGCAGCUCCAGGCCGACAUCCUCGGCAUCGACAUUCGGCGGCCGGCCAUGCGGGAAUCCACCGUCCUCGGCGCCGCUCUCCUCGCCGGCGCCGCGCUCAAGCUGUUCAACUGGAACCUCGACAAGCCCAAGUCGCUCGCCAAGGUCAACCGGCUCCGGGUCGACACGUUCCAGAGCCAGAUCAGCGACGAGGAGCGGGAAUGGAAGUAUGCGGGCUGGGUGCGCGCCGUCGACCGUGCAAGGGGCUGGCAAACCAACUCGGGUCACGGCUGAGCGUGCCCGUGCCCUCCUUCUCUGUCCCUCCAUCCUUCCCUCUCUCGCAUGCCCUCCUCGUCAUACUCUCUCUCUCGCACUCCCACACACUCUCGUCGUCGCCGUCGCCGUCUCGAUGGCGCCGUCGUCCUCUCUCUCCCUCCCUCCCCUCCUCUCUCCCUCCUCUUGAUAUACAAGCCCCGCAGUGCACUAGAAGUGGUUCCUCACGCACUACAG